AUACAGUAAAUUCCACACUUGGACUCUUCUCCUCCUUGUUCCUUGACUCAAAUGCUCUCUCAUAAAAAGACGGCAAACAAAAAAAAAAGAAAAAUCCAUCCGCUUCCGAGAAAAAAUCCCAAUAAAUUUCCUCUCAUCCCAUUUUCCCCGCCCAUUUGCUUCUUCGUCUCUACAUUUUUUUUUAGGGCUUUCAAAAACUAUGAAAUCUCAACCCUAAUUUUUCUGUGAUUGAUUGAUUUUCAUCUAAUCGAUGAUGACAAGUUCUAAUUCUAAUUCGUCUUCUUCUACUUCGAAUAAUCCUCCGUUUUUCGGGUACGAGAAAGCAUGUCGAUUAACGAAUACGCUACAUUCAGAAGUAGCUCCGUGUUUACCAUUACCUUCACUUCCGGUUUUCUGUGGUGCUCUUGAUCAAGAACUACGAUUAUAUGAUGAGACGACGACGGCAGCGAGUGUGAAUAGGUCGGCGAAUCGGAAUGAUGUUCUUGCUCAAGCUACUAAGAUUGCAGAUCUACUUAGACACACUGAUGUUUCUUACUUGAAUCUUAGAGAAGGUGUUUCUUCUCUUUCCCGUACUUCCGCGGAGCCUUCAAGCCUUUAUCACCAAGUUCUCAAAUAUGAUUCUGAAGCAUUUGAGUACUCUAUUCCAGGUCUUAUCAAGGAGCGGAAUCAUAGUAGUACGAGACCUGAAAAAAAACCCGUUGAACAGAAUGAACCUUCUACCAGUCAGAGAAAACAUGAAGGAGCUCUUAAUCAUCAAUCUGGUGGAAAUCGUGCUGAUGGUGCACAGGCAUCUGUAUCUACUAGAAGACAGAAAGUUAAGAAGAAAGGAAAUGAUGAUGUCACCUUAACCCAGCCGGAUCCUAGUGAGGUUCAAGAUGGCAUCAUCAGAGGCUAUACUGAGAGAUUGGAGGAGCUAUGCAGCAGAGCUGAAACUUUGAAUGAAGAUCAAGACGAAGCUGAUGCACAGUUGUUAUCUUCAACUGAUUUAAAGUUACUUGUGAAUGAUACAAUGACCAUCCGUGGAAAGAAAAUCCUGCACUUGGUUCCUUUGGAUAUCCUUGUCAGACUUUUAAGCGUUCUUGAUCUUCAAAUUCGUGCAGCGGAAGGUGUAUCCCUUGAUGAAAAUGAAGAUGGUGAUUCAGAUGCUAUGUCGCUGGUAAUUUGUGCCUUAGAGUCAAUUCAUGCAGCUUUAGCUGUGAUGACUCAUCCUGACAUGCCAAAGCAGCUAUACAAGGAAGAGGUCAUUGAAAGAGUUCUAGAUUUCUCAAGGCAUCAGAUUAUGGAGAGUAUGUGUGCUUGUGAUCCAUCAUACCGUGCUCUACAUAAACCAAACGAAAACGGCCCUUAUGAUGGUGAAGAAGAUGAAGAAGAUGAUGUUGAAUUUGGUUCGCCCAACAAGAAGCGACGUGGUAGUAAAAGUGUUAAAGCAAGGAGGCCAACUGGAAACAAGGUGGCUGCUGCUGUAAACGCUGUGCUUCAGAAACUUUGUACAAUCCUUGGUUUUCUUAGAGAUCUACUGUCAAUCGAGCGCCUUCCUGAUAGCUGCAUCCUACAAUUAAUAAAGACUAGUUUUUCAACUUUCUUGGUUGAUAAUUGCCAACUCUUGCAAUUAAAGGCUAUCGGUCUAAUCUGCGGGGUAUUUUCUUCAUACCCACAACAUAGGAGCUAUCUGAUAGAUGAAACAGUUCAGCUGCUUUGGAAACUACCAUUUUCAAAGCGUGCCUUGAGAACAUACCUUCUACCCGAUGAAGAACAAAGGCAGAUUCAGAUGAUAACUGCGCUGCUUAUCCAGUUGGUUCAAAGUAGUGCAAACCUGCCUGUGAUAUUAAGACAGGCAUUAACUGUUGACUCUAUCUCAGAUGCUUCAGUUGAUGUUUCUUAUCCCACCAAAUGCAAUGAAGCUUCCACUGAGGCAUGCUGUCUUUUCUGGACUCGUGUUCUUCAGCGACUUACAACUGUAAAGACUCAAGAUGCAUCUGAAGUUAAAGUUAUCAUUGAAAAUAUUGUUAUGGAUUUGCUGUCGACUUUGAACUUACCUGAAUAUCCAGCAUCUGCUCCUAUUCUUGAGGUGAUAAAUCUUAUUUCCAAGGUUACCACACAAGUAGCCUCUGUUAGUGUGCUAAUUCAAAAUUGUUUGCAGGUUCUCUGUGUCCUGCUUCUUCAGAAUGCUGGAUUGAAAUCUAAAGAUGUAGCUGCACGCUGUCUGGCCAUUGACCUCCUUGGAACGAUUGCUGCUAGGUUGAAACGUGAUGCCGUGUUUUGCAGCAGGGAGAGUUUCUGGAUUUUACACAAGUUGGGUGGCGAAGAUAAUGCUGAUCAAAGUUACCCAAGAGAUGUAUGUUCUAUUUGUCUUGAUGGAAGAAGUAGAAAAACAGUGUUCUUAUGUCAGGACUGUCAAAGAAUGUUUCAUACAGAUUGUAUGGGAGUUACUGAACGCGAUGCUCCUUCUCGGGGUUGGUGUUGUCAUUUUUGCCUCGGGAAGAAGCAGCUGACAGGUCUACAAUCUCACCUCAAAUCCAUUCACAAUGAUGAUGUCAAAAGGAACUUGUUCAAUACAGAAGGUGCUCCUGAAGCUUCAGAGUUGAUUUCACAAACGGAAAUUGUUCAGCAACUGCUUUUAAAUUACAUGCAAGGAGCUGGUUCGACUGAUGAUGCACACCUUUAUGCCCGCUGGUUCUAUCUUUGUCUCUGGUACAAGGAUGAUCCAAAAUCUCAAGAGAAGCUGGCUUACUACCUCGCGAGACUCCAGUGGACAUCAACUGUUGUUUCUUCAUGUUUAACAAGAGAAUCAGCCAAAAAGAUAUCCCUAGCAUUUGGGCAGAAAAAUUCUUUUUCUAGAGGAUUUGAUAAGAUUCUCUGCAUGCUUCUUGCGAGUCUAAGGGAGAACUCUCCUGUAAUCAGGGCCAAAGCAUUACGUGCAGUCAGUUUGAUUGUUGAAGCCGAUCCGGAGGUCUUAUGUGAAAAACGUGUUCAAUCUGCUGUUGAAGGAAGAUUUUGUGACUCUGCCAUCUCUGUGCGGGAAGCUGCUUUGGAACUUGUUGGGAGGCAUAUUGCUUCUCAUCCUGAUGUUGGUUUAAAGUAUUUUGAAAAAGUUGCUGAGAGAGUAAAGGAUACUGGAGUGAGUGUUCGAAAACGGGCUAUCAAAAUUAUUCGCGACAUGUGCACUUCUAAUGCUAACUUCUCGGAGUUUACUAGUGCGUGCCUUCAGAUAAUUUCUCGUGUUAGUGAUGAAGAAUCUAGUAUACAGGAUUUAGUUUGCAAAACAUUUUACGACUUCUGGUUUGAGGAACCUAGUCGCGCACAGACACAGUUUGCUGGAGAUGGUAGUUCUGUGCCUUUGGAGGUAGCAAAGAAGACUGAACAGAUUGUUGAGAUGUUAAGAAAGAUGUCUAACCAUCAACAACUUGUCACUAUCUUAAAGCGCAACUUAGCACUUGAUUUUUUCCCUCAAUCGGCUAAAGCUGCUGGUAUCAGUCCAAUGUCGCUGGCAAUGGUGCGCAAAAGAUGUGAGCUAAUGUGCAAGUGCUUACUAGAAAGAAUUUUGCAGGUAGAAGAAACAGAUAACGGGGAGGUGGAGGUGCAUGCUCUUCCUUAUGUCCUUGUUUUGCACUCUUUCUGUAUGGUGGAUCCAACACUCUGCUCUCCAGCAUCCGAUCCAUCUCAGUUUGUUGUUACUCUCCAGCCAUACCUGAAGACCCAGGGUGAUAAUCGAGCAGUAGCUCAGUUGCUUGAAAGCAUAAUCUUUGUUAUUGAUGCUGUUCUGCCUCUGCUCCGUAAGCCACCUCAAAGUGUUGCCGAAGAACUUGAACAGGACCUUAAACACAUGAUCGUUCGGCAUUCUUUCCUGACAGUUGUCCAUGCCUGCAUUAAGUGUUUAUGCUCACUAAGCAAAAUAACGCAAAAGGGUGGUUCCUUAAUUGAAUACCUGAUACAAGUGUUUCUUAAGCGUUUGGACACCCUUGGAGAUGAUGCCAAGCAGCAAGUUGGGCGAUCUCUCUUUUGUCUUGGGUUGCUCAUCCGAUAUGGUAGCAAGUUAAUGGUCACAUCUGACAACAAAAACAUACUAUUUGACAAGAGCCUCAGUUUACUCAUGAGCUACCUCUGUUCUGAAGAUUUCGUCAUAAAAGUCCGAGCACUACAGGCAUUAGGUUUUGUCUUGAUCGCCAAACCUGAAUAUAUGUUACAACGAGAUAUUGGGAAGAUCUUGGAGGCCACACUAGCACCCGGUUCUGACGACCGGCUUAAGAUGCAAGCAUUGCAAAAUGUAUACGAGUAUCUUCUGGACUCUGAAAGUGAAAUGGGAACAGAUAAGACAACUAGUAGUACCACAACCCAGUAUGCAGACGCCGCACAAAAUGUUCCUGUUGCUGCAGGUGCUGGUGAUACGAACAUCUGUGGAGGAAUAGUGCAAUUAUAUUGGGACAGUAUUCUGAAAGUAUGCUUGGACAUGAAUGAACAAGUUCGACAAUCUGCUGUCAAGAUUGUAGAAGUGGUGUUGCGUCAAGGUCUUGUUCACCCAAUUACAUGUGUUCCACAUCUAAUAGCACUAGAAACAGAUCCGCAAGAAGUCAACUCAAAAUUGGCGCAUCAUUUGCUAGGAAACAUGAACGAAAAGUAUCCGUCUUUCUUUGAGAGCCGUUUGGGCGAUGGACUCCAGAUGUCAUUUUUCUUUAUCCAGUCGAUGACUCUACGUUCUGUUGAAUAUCCAAAGGAGAAAGGGUCAGGGAUCAUUAAAGGGAAAGCUGAUGGCAACUCUUUUAAUUUGGCGAGACUUGGAGUUUCUAGAAUCUACAGGCUCAUUCGAGGAAAUCGUAUUUCUAGGAACAAGUUUAUGUACUCGGUCGUACACAAAUUUGAAUCUGCAAGCUGCAGAAUAUCAUUGAAAGAAGCAUUCAUCCCAUUCCUAAAGUAUAGCACAGAGAUCCUUGCCUCCCUCCCGUUCGCAACUCCUGAUGAGCCCCUUUACUUGAUAUAUUCAAUUAAUCGAGUAAUACAAGUGAAAGCUGGUGCCCUGGAGGCAAAUUUGAAAGCCUUGAUUUCUCGGCUCAUGGAAACUGGCAUUCAAACAACUCCACAGGAGAACGGAAGAAUUCAGCAGGAUGCAACACCAUCCCCUGUCUCUAGUAACAUAACAACGGAGGAUUCAAAAAGACAUUCUUCGACCUCAAGUGACUCUGGUGGACUAAUAGAAAUUGAUAUGCAAAAUAUUCAGGUUGAUUGUCUAACUGCAACAGCUUUGCAGCUCCUUUUAAAGCUUAAAAGGCACCUAAAAAUCACCUUUAAUUUAGAUGACGCUCGAUGUCAGGCAUAUUCUCCAAGUGAACCUUUGAAACCAGGAGAAGUUCUCUCUAAGCAAACCAUUCCUCUCAACAUCGGCGAGAUACGCGAAAACAUACCCACCACUUCCGAACAAUUUGUGGAAAGAUACCAGGAAUUUAAGGUAGCUCUGAAGGAAGACACCAUGGAUUAUUCAAUGUACACUUGUAAUAUCAAACGAAAACGUCCACCUGCCAGAAGUUCUACUACACCUGCCAGAAGUUCUAGAGGCGGGAGAUCUGGUCGUGAAACAGGAUAUUAUGACGAGGAAGAAGAUGAAGAUUAUGAUGAUGGAUACAGCAAUAGCAAAUUAAAUAACAGCGGCCGGAAAAGCAAUAGUGGUAGAGGAAGAGCGAGACGGCGGUUGUAAAGCUGUUCAGUUGUAAGUAGAUCACUGAAUGGCUGACCUGACACGUACAUUAUGUAGAAUAGGAAAAUUUACCUUUUAACCGAGGAGAUAGGGAAAAUGGGUUAUCGGAAAGCAAGAUAAAGAGGGAGGAAAUGGGUUUAUCGGAAAGCAAGAUAAGUAGUCUACUGCUUUUUACAUUCUGUAUUUUUGCCAAAAGCACCACAAGAAAGAUAAUGCCUUCAUUUCUCUUAAACAAGAGUUCCUUCCUUUGUAUUUUGUUUCUAUAGUUUUUCUCUUUGGAUCA